AUGAAAGCUAAAGUGUCAACAACAUUAAACAUAAAUGUGAGUGUGGGACAAUUAAGAAAUGCAAAGAAAAUUGCAUUACAAGAGAUUGAAGGAAGUAUGAUUGAACAUUAUGGGAUAUUGUGGUCAUAUGAUGAGGAAAAUAUCAGGUCAAAUAUUGGGUCUACUGUGAGGUUGGAUAUAGACAUCAUGCUAGAUUCCACAACUUUGUUUUCCAAGUUUUGUGUGUGUUUCAAAGUUGUAAGGGAUGGUUGGUUAGAAAGGUGCAGGCAUGUAAUUGGGCUUGAUGGUUGCUUUUUAAAUGGUAUAGUUAGAGGAGAAGUUCUUCCAACUGUUAGGAGAGAUGCAAACAACCACAUCUUCCCUAUAGCAUGGGUUGUGGUCUGUGUUGAGGAUAAAGAAACAUAG